GCAGCCGUCUCCAUCAACAGUUGUUGAAGAAAACAAUCAAGAGUCAGAUGAAGUUCUUCGACCACGACCCCACUCGGCAUAAUACUCAAUAGAUACGCCAUGGACAUGGAUGAGAUUGAUGUUCGAUUGCCGUCUAACUGCGAGCUCUUCCUGCAGAAUGUGUUCCUCGUGUUGUUUGCCCUUGUGAUGAUUUCUGUCGUGUUUCCGUGGGACCUGCUUGUGAUUCUGCCUCUUGCCAUUGUGUUUAUUGUGUUGACUGUUGUGUUUGCUCCAGUCCUGCAGCAACUCAAAUACGUUGAUAAUGUCACCCGCUCGCCAUACCUUAGCCACCUCGCUGCGUCCAUUGACGGAAUCUCAACUAUACAUGUAUUUGGGCAGUCUCAGCGCUUUAUUAGACAAUUUUGUGAUAUGUUGGAUAAAAACUCAUUGCCAUUCUUCCUGUUCUAUAUGGCCAAUCGCUGGCUUGCUCUCUUUCUUGAUCUUAUGACGAUCGCCGUCAUUGGUGCUACAGGAUUUCUAGUCGUAUUUACUCUGGACUCUGAGAAUUCAGCUGAUGCUGGCUUAGCCCUUUCUUUCGCCAUUCAGAUCACCAGCCUGCUGCAGUACACACUGAGACUGUGUGUGGAGACCAACUCCAGGUUCACGUCGGUCAAGAGGAUCCAGGACUACAUCGAGAACCUGCCAGAAGAGGGCAGCACUCCGGCCGGGGAGAACGGAGACAUUCCUGAUGAUUGGCCGUCGCAGGGGCAGGUCCGGUUCCGCAAUUACAACAUGAGAUAUCAUGAAGGACUUCAGCCCUCCCUGAAAAAAAUCACCCUGAAUAUCAGUGCCCAUGAGAAGAUAGGCAUUGUCGGCAAAUCAGGAUCUGGAAAGUCAUCUUUGGGCGUGGCUCUCUUCAGACUUUGUGAGACGACAUCAGGAGCUAUUGAGAUUGAUGGCAAGAAUAUCCGGGAUGUCAAGUUGUCGGACCUGAGGUCAAGGUUGUCCAUUCUGGUGCAGGAUCCUGUUUUGUUUGUGGGAACUAUCAGAUACAACCUUGACCCUUCCUGUCAGUGUCACGGUGAUGCAGAGAUGUGGGAGGCCCUAGAGAAGUGCCACAUCAAGCAGAAGAUUGCCUCCCUUGACAAGCAGCUGGACACGCAAGUGGACGAAAAUGGCCGCAACUUCUCCAUGGGCGAAAAACAGCUUCUGUGUUUAGCUCGUACUCUACUGAGACAUACAAAGAUACUGAUCCUGGACGAGGCUACAGCUGCAGUGGACACACAGACAGAAGCUGUGGUGCAGCGGACUAUCAAAGAGGCCUUCAAGAACUGCACUGUGCUCACCAUCGCUCACCGACUCACCACAGUGCUAAACUCGGACAAGAUACUGGUCAUGGAUAGCGGCAAGAAUGUAGAAUUUGACGCUCCUUCACAACUUUUGCGAAGGAAUCAUUCAAAGUUCAAGUCGAUGGUGGAAGCUCUGAAACCACAGUCUCGGGAUUCCAAUAUGGAGGAAUCUCUAACAGAGCAGCUGAUCCGAGCAGAACUAGCUCGUCUGAAAGAAGCAGAUGCAAACAACCACAUAUCAGACUCUUAUAUAUCUCUCUCGCCGACAGAACAGGCAAGGGAGCUAACUCCUGAUCAGGAAGUUCAUAUUGUUGAUGAAAGGACUAGUUAGUUAACAGUGCCUAAGAAAUGGAGGGCUGAUCGUGGCUUUAUCUUGGACAUCAAUGAACCCUGAAGUGUUCAGAUGCUAUAUACUUGGGUUUAUGUUUGCAGCUCGAGUGUGUAGAGCCACCCAUCAAGACUUCUUGCGUCACAGAUACUGUGUGUGAAGGUCACUUUGUUGUCAAUUGCCUUCAUGUUUUACAUCUAGAUUUUGGCUUUAGGUCAUUGGCUUUAGGUCAGUCCUUGUGAUAUAUGUUUUUCAAACACAGAUUUAAUGCUUUUUGGUCUUGAAUUGUACCUCUGUUGGGUCAGAGGUGUUUAGGUUUGCUCAGAUGUAUGUGUUUGGUCGCAUGUCUUUGUAUGAUGUAUGAUUGUUAACUGGACAAAAAGUUUGUAUUUUGUAACAUCCUGACGAUUUGCUGAUGGAUCAGUAGUAAACAAUUUAGACACAAGUCUUAUGCGGCCUUCACAUGUCGAACUAAAGUUCGAGUUUGAGAGUGUGAACAUUCCAACAACUCGCCACCAACACCAAUUUCAGCCUUGUCAAACUGUUGUCGAAAAAUAAGGAUUGGUCUCUAUUCU